CUACGACUUCUGAGCGAGCGCCGAUCUGUACGCCACCAGAGUCAACGUCAAGACAAGGAAAGCGCAGUUUGGCGAAUCUGGACACCCGAUCUGCCCGUGCCUGCAUAGAGCAGCAACAACCGCGCUGGAUAACUGGCGCUGCCGGCCAAGUUGGGUUCCGAUAGCCGACGGAGGCAGCAACAAAACAAUAAUUGCGUCCCCGGACCACGCUAAAGCUGGGACCCCCCGUGGUGCAUUCAUCCAGUACAUGCUCUUUUGUCGACUGGCCCGUCUGACGUUCACGAAGAACACGAACCCAGGAAUAAGGGCAGGACAGACGAGCACUUUGCAGCGAAACAUGGCGACACAGGCGCAGGCACCGCCAGCCGCAAAGGCAGCCGCGCCCGGCGGCGCACCGGCUGUUGAAUUCGAGGCGCUCGACAGCCUCGUCCACGUCUACCGGCCUCCGCCGAUCAGGGAGCGACAGAAGCAGCAGGCAGAGUUGAAAAAGCAGCAGCAGCAGCAGCAGCAGCAGCAGCAAGACGACGGCCUGGCGCCCGUGUCGACGUCGCGUGGCCCGGCGCCGGCGGCGGUGCUGAUCCAGGGAUGGAUGGACGCGCCGCUGCGCAUCGUCGCAAAGUACGCCGCGCCCUACGCCCGCCUAUUUCCCGACUCGACGAUUGUCCUGCAGCUCUCCACGGGCUCUGCGUUCAUGGCAGCCGAGGCGGCCAAGCAGAAGACGGCCAGGCGCGUCGGCGAGGUGCUGGCCGAGGUUGAGACGCGCAUGGCCCAGCGCGACCGGCUCCGCGACCAGGAGCGCGGGCUCGAGGCGAGUGCUCGCCAGGCGGGCUUGCGCAUGGAUGUCGAUGCACAGAACAGCCUCGCGCGCGAGAGCAAAGAGAAGAGCGACGAGCAGGACAGCGACUCGAGCAUUGCGCGAGUGCCGCGUGGCGUCAUCAUCCACACGUUCUCGGACGGCGGUGCGACGAACCUGGCCCGCUUCCUGCCCAUCUUGGCUCAGACGACAGGCCACCCCGCCGUGCUCUCUCAGGUGCUCGACUGUUGCCCAGGCAUCGCGACGCCGUCGUCGGGCGCAACGGCCUUUACGGUGCCCCUCGCGCGCCGCAGCUGGCUCGUCCGCAGCGCCGCUUGGUGGUCCGUCUGGCUCUACUUUGGCCUCCUGCUCCUCUACCGCCGCCUGCUGGGCCGCCGGUCGUGGAGCGAGGUCAUGCGCCACCAGCUCAACAACCCGGCGCGCUGGUCGGCCCUCGCUGCCGGCGACGCCGCCAAGGGCGAUGUCUUCCCGCCCCGCCUCUAUCUCUACAGCAAGGCCGACAAGCUGAUCAAGUACACGGCCGUCGAGAAGCACGCCGACGAGGCAGCCAAGACGAGCGGGCUCCAAAAGGGCCCCUUGCCCGUCGACACGCUGAAGAGUGACAGUAGCAAGGACAAGUCAGCUCCUGCACCCGUGGUGGCCUUUCGGCGUUGGGAGAGCGCACCCCACUGCGACAUUCUCCGCGCCGACGCCCAGGGGUACUGGAAAGCCCUCCGGCAGUUCUACGAGGCGGUUCUGUAGAGUCUUUUAUAUCUUGGAAAUUUGCAUGCACCAUCUACUAUAUAUCCCUAGAAGUAGAAAGAUUCAUCAAGAGGGAAACAGAAU